AUGGAUCGACCACGAAUCACAUGCGAAUUACCCCAGAAUGCAUUCUAUCCAUAUCAGCUGAUAAAUUGGGAGGAGGACAUUAUCUACGAUCCACAGCUGAGUGCGAACAAAAUCAGUGCUAGUUCGAAAAUGAAUGCCGCCUAUGCUGGAUGGAUACCGUCACAGCAUUGUCGCACAAUGGCUGCUUUUCAGGAUGCUUAUCAAGGCAAAUUUCCGUACAUCGUGGGUUCCAAAGCAUUGGGCGGAUUGAAUGCAGCGAAUGCCGUGAUGGAACACUUGUUGAACGGACCGAAUAAAACCGCCAUCCCGAACAAUCCACCAUAUUCAAUCUUUCCAGUUGAAAACGCAGGAAUUUUAUCUGAUUCCUGGAUCUACGAUAUCAUAUAUGACUCGGAUUUACCGAUCAGCCAAUUGCCACCUCCAUUUCUCCUGACACUGGAUGGAAACGACGAGACGUGUUUGAUGGACUCGGUGGAUGAUGCGGAAAUCGCAGCCGCAAUCAAUGCAGCACGCGGACAGCGUCAACGACAACUCACAACACGAGGUGGAGAUAGCGCAGCGGAUGGAAAUGUCACCAACGCGAAUGCAAGCAGUUUGAAUAAUCGUGGUGCUGAUUCGCGACUGGAUGCGCUCAAUCCUGGCGACAAUACCUGGUCUCAAUAUGGUAUUCCGAUCAACGAUGCGUCCAAUACGAGCACAUCGAAAUCAAACGCCCCAAUCAAUCGGGCCAGUCUACAAGUCAGUUUUGGAUUGGCUUCGACCAGGGGCAUGUUAACUGGAGCACUUGCGAAAGCGGAACAUGGCGCAGAAAAAGUGAAAAUGAUCUUGGGCAAACAUGGUCUCCUCGCAGAGGAUGAUUGGCAAGCGGACCAGGACAAGUUUGCCGUUACCGAUGUGAACAACACCUCUCUCAUGGCAGAUUCACACGGCGAUCUUCCAGGCACGGAUGGGAACGCGUUAGCCUCGGCCGCAGCAGCGGUUUCGGGGAUCCCACCAAAAGAUCCGUUGAAUUUAUCCAAUGAUGAGUACUAUUCAAUUCGAAGUGGUGCCCUUGGCGUGUGCGGUGGCCUAGCACGAUGCGGUCCUUUACAGCACAGCACACCGGCUGUCGAGUUGUGGCCUCCGUUCUUCCCCACCUAUAUGAGUUCGCUUCGAUUGCGUCAAUUCCAUCGGGUCCCACUGAAACGCUAUCUUCGCGGUCCAAUGGCCCAAUAUAACGUCCCGUUUCCCGUCACCAAUCUGAUUCGGCAUAUUCAAAAGAAAUCACGUGAACGAGAAGAGGAAAAAUCCGCGACCGGUGGUGGUGAGAUAUUUUUCAUGCGUACACCAAGCGAUCUAUCCGGCACGGAUGGGGAUGUGAUUCUGUGCGAAUUUAGCGAGGAAUUUCCACCGCUGAUGACACAAGUCGGAAUGGCAAGUCGUGUGAUAAACUACUACCGGCCAUUGAAUCCUCGUGACCGCUCCCUUUCUCCAGCACCGCACGCGUCUGGUGAACCACCCGAUCUACCCUAUGGCUCGGUGGUCUAUGUUAGCGGGACAGACAGUCCGUUUCUCGGUGUGAUUCGACCGGGAGGCUGUUUACAGGUUUGUAUUUGA